AUGAUCUUGUUGUCAAUCAUAGCUUUAGCAAUGCUGCCAGUGACAUUUGCCUCGGCUGUAACAUGCUCUCUCAAUCUGAUAACGCGUGGGACAUACAAAGAUAGUGAGAAAGCAGGUGUUUCUCGUGCUCUCUGCACUCCAGCUGCACUAGAUGAACCAGCAAGUGGUAACAUAGCAAGACGCUCCUCAUCGCACGAAAACUCGCUUCAAAUCUUGUAUGAAGAGAACAUCUUCAGCUAUGCACAUAAUUGGGGUGUGUACUUUGGGCCUCAAGGUGUCAAAGUGGAUCCUUGCGAUGUUAAGCCGUUCUCAAGAGUCUACCACCACAAAGGGCCGGCCCGCCCAAACCCAAUCAUCAGCGACAUCGGCACACCUCCUGUGACUCCUGCUGGAGAAUGGAGUGUACCAUCUGUGCUGUACGGUGGCGAGGAUUGCUCGAUUAUAAGUGAUGGGGUGAGCCCUCCGAUAUUGAAGUGUGCGCAACAUCCUGGCCUUAUGUUUGCGAAAGAUCCAGGAUAUGACGGUGAAAACAUACUUUGCGAUGCCCAUUGGCAUCACCAGGCUUACUAUGUCGAAUUCACUGGGCAGUUGAGGAUGACUUGA